UCACUCAUCCUAGUACUAUUUAUUUGGUUUGCAUAUUUUUUAAGUGGCAACACAAAAACUUCUUAGGAGAUCACCCAUCCUAUUACUUAUUUGGUUCGCAUAAUUACAUUCUAAUUACUAUGGCCGACCUUACUCUUCCAAUACUUUGUGCAAAGGGGUGUGGAUUUUAUGGAAGUGCCGAGACUAAAAACAUGUGUUCUAAGUGCUACAUCAACUUUCUUACACAUGAAUCGAAAAUACAUAUUGAUUUUAGUGUUACUGCUAAACACGAUGAUGAUAACGAUGGAGGUGUAAGUACUACGGGAAGUGUUUGUGUGUCUGAUAAUAAAGUUGUUAAUAAGGAUUUCAAAAUCAGUAACAAUAGAUGCAAACAUUGCAACAAGAAGAUUGGAUUGACGGGUUUUUCAUGUCGUUGCGGCCAUGCCUACUGCAACCACCAUCGCUUGCCAGAAGAACAUGCUUGCACCUAUGAUUUCAAAACCAAUGCUCCAUCAAACCCUAAUUUAGUUUUUAUUUGUGCUGAUAAAAUGAAGCAUAGAUUAUAGUUUAUUGACUCUAUUAAAUGAUUUAUUUAUGUUAAUCAAAUAAGUGGUAUAUUGAAAAAAAUAUAUAUUCAUUUUUUAUUAAAUAAUAACUUUGUUAA